GGUACCGUGAUAGUACAGGUUUUAAUCAUUCUUUAACCGGUGGUGUAGUACAAAAAUGCCCGGAAGAAUGGCUACACGUGUUUCUUGUGGAAGAGAUUUUCACUGCGUUCCAGACAUAAAUACAGCUUUAGAUACUGCAUGCAAAGCAGGAUUUGAUUUUGUCUGUCUGCCUAUAGUAAACCCACGUUUUAAAAGAGAAUGCAUUCAAGGACCUGCAAAGACCAGACCAGGGGCAUUAACUCGCUCAGAUCUCUGUUUAACGAGUGGGGACUGGAGCAGUCUCAUUGUAGGAAAAACAUCGCCAUGGCUACAGUUAGAUUCAGAUGUGGACGAUAUCAGGAAAAAUUCUGAACAGGCACUUAAAGAGGAGAUGAAUUAUGCGACACAUCUAGGCAUGCCGGCUGUCAUGCUGUAUUUGAAGAGUAGGAAGAUCACAAACUUGGCCAGGUGUCUUAAUGAGCAUUUACUCAGUGGUUACUUCCAACAGCAAUUUUGGGUGCAUGUUCCUCUAAAAACGCCAGGGGAUUGCUUAGAGGACGUUAUUGAUGGGGAGUCAGUAGACGAGGAUCAGAGUACAGAGGACCCUUGGGAAUGGUGGAACACGUUCAGGACAAUGUGUGAUACUAAUAAACGUAUAAGCGUUGCCCUGGAAAUAACAGAAAAUUUGCCGGAGGAUUAUGUAUUACAGCGCUGGUUAGCCGAGCCUAUCAAGGCCGUCGUCAUAUCAACCAAUCUCUUCCUUACCAACAAGAAGGGAUAUCCUGUACUCUCCAAAGCUCAUCAGGGAUUUCUAAGAAGUUUGUUCAAGGUAUUGAUUUUGACCGGUGCCAAUAAGCAUGGGGAUAAGGGCAUUCACUCGUACCAGCAAUAUCUGGAUCACCUUUGGCAGACACUACCAACCCCUGACACAGUGACUCAGUUUGCAAAGGGAUAUGAGGAUUAUUUACAGUGCCCGCUACAACCAUUAAUGGAUAAUCUAGAAUCUCAAACAUACGAGAUAUUUGAAAAAGAUCCAAUAAAAUAUGCCCAGUAUCAAAAGGCUGUGUAUUGUGCCCUACUUGACAAGAUCAAACCUGAGAACAAAGAUAAAGAAUCAGUUGUGUUAAUGGUUGUGGGUGCUGGUAGAGGUCCACUUGUACGUGCAUCAUUGGCCGCAGCAGGACAAGCUGACCGCAACAUCAGAAAAAUUUAUGCCGUGGAGAAAAAUCCAAAUGCAGUUGUUACAUUAGAGAACCUGCGUGAUGAAAUGUGGGGAGAUAAAGUAGAGGUGAUAUCAUGUGACAUGAGACAGUGGAAUGCCCCAGAGAAGGCAGACAUAUUGGUCAGUGAGCUCCUCGGAUCCUUUGGAGAUAAUGAACUCUCGCCAGAGUGUUUAGAUGGUGCUCAGAGGUUUCUGAAAGAUGAUGGUAUCAGUAUACCAUGUGAAUAUACGUCAUACUUGGCACCAUUACAGUCGUCUAAGUUAUAUAACGAGGUCAGAGCGUCAAAAGAUAAAGAUAAGCCUCCUGAGACAAAUUUUGAGAUGCCAUAUGUUGUAAGACUUCACAAUUGUCAGAUACUGGGGGACCCUCAACCUGUGUUUCACUUUAAACAUCCAAACAGAGAUGAGGUGAUAGACAAUACCAGAUAUAAAAGAAUGGAGUAUGACAUUGACAACACAAGUAUUCUCCAUGGAUUUGCAGGAUACUUUGACACAAAACUUUAUGCAAACGUUUAUUUAAGUAUUGUACCAGAAACACAUUCACCGGGCAUGUUCAGCUGGUUUCCUAUACUCUUCCCAGUAAAGACUCCACUUUAUGUGGAGAAAGGUUCAAAAGUGGUUGUAGAGUUUUGGAGGCGAGUCAGUACAAAAAACGUCUGGUAUGAAUGGUGUGUUUUAGAACCGAGCGUGUUGCCAAUACAUAAUCCGAAAGGACGUUCAUACACCAUUGGACUGUAACUGAGGAUUGCAUUAAAACCUAAAAUUUUUAUCUUGUUAUCCAGAAUUUAAUUGCUAUGUACAAAGGAAGUUACAAUAUCAACAAAAGAAAUGUUUUCAAUAAGAUAUCAACACAAAAAUGUUUCCAGUUAGAUAUCAUCGCAAGGAAAUGAUUCCAGUUAGAUAUCACCACAAGGAAAUGUUUCCUGUUAGAUAUUAAAAGGAAAUGUUUCCAGUUAGAUAUCAUCACAAGUAAAUGUUUCCUGUUAGAUAUUAAAAGGAAAUGUUUCCAGUUAGAUAUCACCACAAGGAAAUGUUUCCUGUUAGAUAUUAAAAGGAAAUGUUUCCUGUUAGAUAUUAAAAGGAAAUGUUUCCAGUUAGAUAUCAUCACAAGAAAAUGUUCACAAGGAAAUGAUUCCAAUCAGAUCGUAACGCAAAAAAUGUUUUCAAUUAUAUAUCAGCACAAGAAAAUUAAUGUUUUCAAUCAAAUGCCAACAUAAAAAAUUGUUUCUAAUCAGAUAUCAGCAUAGAUAGUAAUUAAGUACUUCAAUUUGAACCAUCUGUUGUUAAUAUUAAUAAAUGUGACACAUGCUUUGUGCAUAAUACUAACAAUUGAAAUAUAAUGAAAAUUUGUGAUUAAAGGAAACCAAUCCCGGUAAUUGUAUUUUGCUGAAGUCAGUACUCAAUUCAAGCAAAGAUUUUUUUUAUAAACAUUAUUCAUGGAAAUUUGUUUUUCUUUGGCAACAUUCAUACUUUGAAUUAAGUGUACAUUAUUGUUUUUAUACCCCCAAAAAAGGAAGUUUGGGGGGGUAUAUAGGAGUCACCCGGUUGGUCGGUCGGUCGGUCCAGACGUCCGUUGCAUUUUCCUUGUCCGGAGCAUAACUUGAAGACUAAUGGUUGGAAUUCCAUAUAACUACAUACAAUGGUCAAGCACAUUGAGAGGAAGUGCAGUGCACAAGAACCAUAACUCUAUUUUGACUAAUUACAGAAUUAUUGCCCUUUGUUACUUUUCGUUGUCCGGGCAUAACUUGAACACUACUGGUUGGAAUUCAAAACAACUUCAUACAAUUGUCAAACACAAUAAGGGGAAGUGCAGUGCACAAGAACCAUAACUCUAUCUAAAGUAAUUACAGAGUUAUUGCCCUUUGUUACUUUUCCAUUGCUUUUUUUUUGUCCGGAGCAUAACUUGAAGACUAAUGGUUGGAAUUCAAUAUAACUUCAUACAAUGGUCAAGCACAUUGAGAGGAAGUGCAGUGCACAAGAACCAUAACUCCAUCUUGACAAAUUACAGAGUUAUUUCCCUUUGUUACUUUUCCUUGUCCAGAGCAUAACUUGAAAACUACUGUUUGGAAUUCAAUACAACUUCAUACAGUUUUCAAGGACAUUAAAAGGAAGUGCAGUGCAUAAGAGCCAUAACUCCACUUUGACAAAAUACAGAGUUACUGCCCUUUGAUACUUUUCCUUGUCUGGGGCAUAACUUAAAACGUACUGGUUGAAAUUCAAAACAACUUCAUACAAUGGCCAAGCACAAAAAGAGGAAGUGCAGUGCACAAGAACUAUAACUCCAUCUUCAGUAUUUAUAGAGUUAUUUCCCUUUGUUCCUUUUCUUUGUCUUUCUGGACUUAUUACAGAGUAAUUCAAUAAAACUUCAUCAAUGGCCAACCACAUUGAAAGGAAAUGCAAUAUACAAGAACCACAACUAUCUUUAAUUGCCCACAACCAUAACUCUAUAUUUCAAUUCUUUUACAAGAUAUUCUGUUACUAGUAACAUCCUCAUUUCCGAAGCAGUCUUGUGGGGGUAUUAAUCACAUUUAGUGAUAGUUCUAGUUGAAUUUGUCCGGAACAUUACUCGGAAACCAUAAGAGAUAUCAACAAGAAACUUUGUAAGUUGAUAGAUAACAGUGAUUAGAAGUGCAGUGGAAAGAACAAUAACUCUGCCUUUCCUAAUUUUGGAAUUAUUGCACUUUGAACUUUUUCCAGGGACAUAACUCUGAAACUACAAGAGGUGUACUUUCCUAUGUCCAAAACCUAUUCGGGGAGCAUCACCCGGCUCAAACCGGGCUCUUGUUUUAAAUGUACUUGAAGAAAAGUUGUUCACAAAAUAAAAAUCAAAUAAAUGAUUAAAAACAA